UUUUAGGAUUAGGAGAGAGAGUUUUCUGUAAAAAGAACCAUAGUACAUGAAAGAGAGGAGAAGAGAGGAGAGAGCUCCACAGUCCAGCUUCCAGCUUCACAUCUGAGUCAUCUCUCCUCCUCCUCCUCUACUGACAACCGAUACAGAAAAAGACAUCUGCAAACGAUUGAUCAAGAAAAAGUGAAGCUGUGAUGAUGAAUGACCAAAAAGUGCCACCAUCGGAGGUGGCUGCACAGCUAACGGAAUCAAAGGUGGCCGCGACGGAGAUCAGUGGCACAAUCAGUGGGCCGCUGAUAAGAGCAGCGAGGCCUUUUGGCCGGAAAGCUGAAGUCUUGCACGUGGCACUUAGGCUGUUGUGCAUGCUCGCAUCUGUUGCAUCACUAUCGUUUAUGGUCACAGCCCAUCAGUCCACCUCUGUCUCCAUCUAUGGGUUUAAGCUUCCUGUUCACUCUAAAUGGUCAUUCGCUCAAUCGUUCGAGUAUCUAGUUGGAGUCUCUGCAGCUGUAGUUGCUUACUCCUUGCUGCAACUGCUAAUUAGCAUGUCAAGGCUGCUUAGAAAAUCUCCAGUGAUUCCAUCAAGAACCCAUGCUUGGCUUAUUUUUGCAGGAGAUCAGGUGUUCGCGUAUGUGAUGCUUAGUGCUGCGGCUGCUGCAUCAGGGGUCACCAAUCUGAACCGAACAGGAAUCCGACUUAUGCCUUUACCAAAUUUCUGCAAGCCUCUACACUACUUCUGUGACCAUGUGGCUAUCUCUAUAGCCUUCACUUUCUUCAGCUGCUUCUUGCUUGCUGCAUUGGCUGCUCAGGAGGUUAUGUGGCUAUCCAAGUCAAGUUACUGAAGUUCCUUUGCCUCCUGUACCAGAUGUUUGCACACCCAUGGGAGCAUGUAAACUUGUAGCAAAUAUAUGCGUUCUCUAAAUUAGUUCCGGGGAAAUACUUUGUUACGUCAGAUUUUGUAAUCCACCAUGUUCAAUCUGCCUUUGUAAGGAGGAAGAUGGCGCAUAUCUAAUUAUGAUAACAUGUCCUAUAUCAGUGAUUAUGACCCGAUUGUUGGAA